GUUCUGGGACACCAAGUCUGUGUUUAGUCCAGAGGAGCGAUUGAAGGCCCACAAGAAACUUGAGAAGCAGAAAGACAGAGCCAGGAAACGAGAAGCACUAAAAACCCUCCAAAGCCUCCCCGACGACUGUUUGCAGACGAAGGCCGUCCAUUGAAUGUCAAUGAACCCAAGUUUUCAAUUUAUAUUUACACACAUUUAUCAAAUUGUGUGUUUUCGAAGUUUUGUUUAUGUCAUUUUAUUUUCCCUGUUGGUGUAAAUAGAAAAAAAUGAUGGAUCCAUAACAAGAAAAAGCAUCUAAAACAUUGCCAGACAUCGAUUUAAAUUAUUUGUAAUAGCCUUUAAAAUUGAAUUAUUUUAAAAGCACGCUAUGCCAAUACUGCAGAUUUCCAUUUUUUACAGAAUCAACUUCAAGUUGACUGAAGAUGAAACAGGGAACUCCUACUUUUUGGAUUACCAAUGCUACAAGUAUUUAGAUACCAGUAUGAUAGAUGUUGAUGUUCAGCCGAAUUAUAUACGGAUAACAACAAAGGGAAAGACCUUCCAGUUGUGUUUAGAACAGGAGGUGAACGCUGAUUCAAGCUCUUGUCAAAGAUCCCUCAUCACAGGACACUUGCCUGUUACCAUGCCAAAGGCAAAGCAGAUUGUCAAAUCCUCACCAAAACCGGCAAAGACCAGCAAUAACAACAAGGAAAACGAAGACAAUGAAACGAAAACUAAAACAAACCGAAAAAACAUGGAGAAACUUGAGGUUGACGAGUCCGCUAGAAAGACAGUAUACAUAGGCAAUAUUGUGAAGGAAAAAGGCGAGGUGACUGUUCCUCCUCUUGGCUCUAAACCGCUCGGCAAAAAGCGGGAGGAGAAACCGUUGAGUGAAAACCUUGUGGACAAUCCCGACGUGCCACCGUUGGAAUGAGUUUUUGAUCUUUGGAGCAUAUUACAUGGAUAAUCUCAGUGCUAUAACAGCUGAAUAAAACUUUUGCCGUUUUGAGUGUUUAAAGUAGCAAAUGGUUGCCCGUGUGUUCUGACAAAAAUAGGUUUAUGUUUUUAGCAAGGUUUAUAUACGAAUUAAUAUUUUAAGUCCAGUCCUUGUCAUUGCCCAUCUGAUGAAUUUGAAAAAAAAGUUAUCGUUAAAACUCAACCUGUCCCAACACAAUUACUUGUUCUUUUAUUUUCAGAAAAUAAAUUUCGGCCCGAAACUUGAACGGUUUUUUGAACCAUCAUCAUUUAAUGUUGCUCUUGACUUGCUCUUAAUUAGAGGAUUGGAUGUAAACAACAUGGUAAAAGUUAAUAAUGUUUAUUUGUUGUGAACUGAAAAUAAUAAUAAUUGCAAAAAUAGUGUUUUGUUAAUUUUCAAAGGCAAACAAUAAUGUAAGUUGCCUUUUUCUUCGAGUUCGUAAUUGUUCACAUGUUGUCGUGACUUGUAUGGUCAUCAAUUAAAGUGCAUUA